AUGGCUAGUGCCUUCGAGGUGGCCCACGAACGGCCUUUACCUCCUCUCGCUCCUCAGACAGAGCCCUGGCAGGAUGAAAUCGAAGAGCAGGCCAAUUUUAAGGAGUAUCUUGCUAACAUGAUAGGGAAGAUGAUGUACGUCUCUGGAGAAACAGGCGAGCCCUCAGCCGAAACCACGGGCAUGAUCGAAGAGAUUGUGCGCCAGCAGGUUAUCGAGAUGCUCCGGAAUUGCACCGAGCUCGCAGCUCGCCGCGGCUCUCGUUCGAUUACAAUCAACGAUCUGAUCUUCCAGAUCCGCCACGACGCGCCCAAGGUCUCCCGGCUCCGGACAUUUCUGUCGUGGAAGGAAGUGCGCAAGAACGUCAAGGACUCGGACGACAAAGCCGGCGACGCCGAUUUGGCUGCGGCGGAGGACCCCGUCGGAGGGGUGGUAGCCGGUGCCCCAGUAGACGACGCCGCGAAGAAGAACAAGAAGGCGAGGGUCGGCUUACCCUGGGAGCCGCUAUCGUUCUACAACCAGGAAGUCCCCGAGCGCGAAGAUGAGGAAGACGAAGAGGAGGAAGAGAUGAACUACAUCACUCUCCAGCGCCUCAGGAAAGCAGACGAGCGGACCAAGGUGAUGACCAGGGAAGAAUACGUGACGUGGUCCGAAUUCCGCCAGGCGUCAUUCACCUACCGCAAGAGCAAGCGGUUCCGGGAGUGGGUCGGCUUCAGCACCAUCACCGACGGUAAGCCCUCGGACGAUAUUGUCGACAUCCUCGGCUUCCUCACCUUCGAGAUGGUCCAGACGCUCACCGAGGAGGCGCUGAGGAUAAAGGACCACGAGGACCUCCUGAAGGAGAGGACGGGCGAGGACGCCGGCACAAAGAAGCGUAAGCUCGCCCAGGGCCUGUUCGACCCGCCCAGCGAGGGCCGCUCCCCCGUCGAGUCCCGCCACAUCCAGGAGGCCUUCCGCCGCCUCCAGGCCAGGCCCACCAAGUUGCGGGCCAUGCUCAACGGGACGAGUUUGCAGCAGCGAACCAAUCUUAAGCUGAUCUGA